AUGUCCUCGUUGCCAGUGGCGUUGCGGCCCAGGUUAAAGGGCGUGGGAGAGGAGUGCAGCCAAAACUGGAGCAGUUGGAACAAGGAGUGGAGGCUCCUCAGAGGAUACGCUGCAGUCAAGCACCAGAGACCUCCGCCGAACGCGCCGCAGGGCAAUGCCAGCGACCUCACCAUCGAGCUGAGGAACCCCUUCAGCGAGCCGCCCGCCGCCCGGUGGCUCUCCUUCUCCCUCUACCUGGCCGCGUACGCCUCCGCGCUCGUCUGCAACUCCCUCCUCUGCCUCGCCAUCUGCGCUCACCGGCGCCUCCACCGCCCCAUGUACCUCCUCGUGUGCGCCAUGUCGGGCGUCGAUCUCGUCGCUGCCACCAACAGCCUGCCGGCUCUCGCGCGCUCGACGUUCGGAGCCGUCGCCAUCCCGCUGGGCGAGUGCGUCGCGCAGAUGUUCGUCGCGCACGCCACCCUCCGCAUGCAGACCUCCACCCUGUGCCUCAUGUCGCUCGACCGCUACGUCGCCAUCGGCCACCCGCUGCGCUACGGCGCCCUCGUGACGAACGCGCGCGCGGCGGCCUCGCUCGCGUCCGCGGCGGCCCUCGUCGUCCUCCUCUGCCUCGCCAACGUCGUCGGAGUCCUUCGCCUCGACUUCUGCCGACCCGUCGCCAUCCCCGUGCCCGUCUGCAACUACCUCGGCCUCGUGCACGUCGCCUGCGGUGACGUCGCCGGCCACGUCGCCUACGGCUACGCGACGCUCGCCAUCUACGUCGCAGCUCCGGCCGCCAUCGUGAGCGUCGCCUACGCGCGCGUGCUCCUCGAGUUCCGGCGUCCGGGGCUACGCGCCACCCAGCGGCGGGCUGUGCACGCGUGCGUCACCCAGCUGAUGGUGGCCGGCGUCUACUUCGUCUCCAUCCUCGUGUCGUUCGUCAACAGCUUCCCGUUCCCCGAGUCGCGCGCGGCCGAGGCGCGCUUCUCGUUCCACGUGCUCCACUACAUGCUGCCCUGCACCCUCAACCCCGUCAUCUACGGGCUUCGCAUGAGCGAGAUCAGGCGGGUGGCGUUCCAGAGGUUCCGCGGCAAGGUGGUACAGCAGCAGUGGCAGCAGCAGCAGGAACAGCUGGAGUAG